ACUGCAAGCUAAUUAACAUGGAUAUAAACAAUGCAGAAUUAAAAUAUUGAAAAGGAGCAAGCUUUGCAGAUGUUUGAUUUUGAAGGUACUCUUUUACACUUUUGGUAGGCCCAAAUACUGAGGAUUAUAAGCAAACAUUGUUUAUAUUCAACAAAACUCUAACAGAUUCUAUUAAUAAUCAAGACUUUUCGAAGUGUCUGAUUUAUGCUCUGCUAUAAUUGGUUGGUGGUCAUUCUAAUGUAUAGCAUGUAGGAGUGCACAUGUGUUCUUGUGUUCUUUUUCUGUGACACCAAUGACUAAGUUAUGCUUAUAUUCCGUUGGUGUAAAAUAAAAAUGACAUCAUCUUAACACCAUACUAUUUAAUUAUUUCAUUGCCUAUUCUGAAUGACAGAGGUCCAUAUCAGAAAUAUUUGUAUUCACAUGAAUGCGCUAAGCAAGCAGUCUAUUAUUUUGUGCCGUUAGUUUAUCAGUGUAUUCCCUGUUAACAAGUACUUAUGCCUACAGUAUGACCUCUGUGAAAUACAGCGUGUAAAUAGGUCAGCUUUGGAGUAUUUGUGCCAAGAUAUUCUAGACAUGUCAGUCCCAAAACUGUUUCUGUUUGUUUCAAUCUUUUUGUGUGACGCAACAUACAAGUUUAUCGCCCCAGAAUAUAAUACUGCACCAAAAACAUUCUGGAUUUACCGAGUACAUUAAACAGAGGAAUUUACUUCACAUAAUAAAAAGCAAACACAUUGCAAUGACAAUUCAGUGAGUCACUGCUUUCCUCAUAACGGCAUCAUCUGUCAUGCCAUUUGUUCCUUUCUCAGCUCUAUUUAAUAUCUGUUGUGUUUGUUGUUUGUUUCUUUCUUUUUUGCUCUAUCCACCUUUUGUCCUGUUGCUGGCUGUGAAGAGGGCAAGUCAGAGAGAAGAUGUUGGCAUGCACUGCAGGAUAUGGCUGUUGAAGUAUGUGGGAGGGAGUAUGCAUCUAUGAUCUAUAGGGCUGGGUAGUGGAACAAAAUCAUCAUGGCUACAGCCUAUUAUUUUCACAAAAAUGAUAGGCUACUAUCUACAUUAAACUAACAAGAACGGAAUCAAAGAUACUUUAUUGAUGGGUUGUAAAGGGCUACAAUACAAACUGUCAAUGUGCCUUAGUGAGCAGGCCUGAGAACAGGCAAGCAUCAAGGACAUUUUGUCCAAACACCCUUUCAUCACACAUGCUGAUGACCUUCUGUGACAGUCCAUUUAAACAUUUGCCACUCAUUCAGUCUGCAUAAAAAGAACUCUGCACAUUUUCCCUACAUUGCUGCCCAUUUUCAGACUCAUCAUUCUUCAGACACCCUUUAUCUCCUAGCUUCUUCCUCUAUUAACCGUUAAGGAUGACAGUUAACAGUUUCUUUGAUAUGUUUGGAUGUUCAAUACAUGAUAUUUGUAUAAAGCUCUAUGAUCUCUGAAAUCUGUCAUGCUUGCGCAGAUUUGUUUUUGAGCUUUACAUGAGCAAAACCACACUGCCCAAGAAAAAUGCAGAUUGCUACAGUAACUUCGGGUUAGUAGCCAGGUGACCUCGGUGAUGAUGUAUCAUUUAAAACAACAAAAACCGAAAAGAACCGAACUGACCAGAGGGCACAAGGGACUACGUCUGGAACGGCAAACAGGACAGGAACAUAAACGAAGAAUCGACCAAGAACACUCAGAAAGACAGGCCUAAAUACACACAAGACUUAUCACAAAGACACAGCUGGAAAGGGCACGUGAAAAACAAUCAGACACAGGCGGGAAAACACAGGAAGUAAAACAGGACAAGACACAAGGAGGAAAUAUAUUUCAAAAUAAAACAGGAAACGUAUACACAAAAUUAAGAUCAUGACAAAAUCUUUAUUUCAGUUUUUUUUGUUUUGAUUUUCAACAGACUGUAUUUCAUGAGAUGAAAAGUUACAUAUUGUAUGCUGUUUGUUUAGUUUUCUUUUUUUCCAGUGAUAUGAUCUUCAUGUCACUACUAAAUUCCUAUUUCACUUUUCUGUCUCUUCAGUUUUCAGAUAAUUGACCAUUUGCUGACAUAUGCCCAAAGCUAACGCUUUUCUUUUUGUCCUAUAUGAUUUUAUUUACUUACAGAUGUUUCGGAAAAAAGCAUCUUCCUCCUUGAGAAUGAGAAGAAUAACAGAAAGCGCUAGAUGGAGUAUUGACCGUGGGCGAAGCUUGUCCUUCCAUGAGGUUCGUAGCAAGCGUGAGGCAGAGAUGAGGGCCGCCACCGAGGAGUCGUCCAGCAGCAACAAUUUAGGAGGGGGAGGAAACACCGUCCUGCAGCGCCUCCUGCAGGAGCAGAUGAACCGGAAUUAUGUGCUGCAUCAACAUCAGCAACAACAACAACAACAAGGAGGGGGAGGAGGAGGUUAUGCGGUACCUGAUGAUCACUCCAUGACCCCCCACAUUGCCCGACAGGAGCCCCAGGGACAGGAGCUGCAGACGGACAACGGCCUCGAGAAGCUGGGCUCCACCAGAGUAGGAGGAGGAGGUGGGAGCAGUGGAGGGGGAGGAUGUUUGGGGACUGUAGGUGGAGGAGGAGGCAGCAGUGGAUGUGUUGGAAGUGUCCAUGGGCCGUGUCCAAACCCUGAGGACCUCCCUACGUAUGAAGAAGCCAAAGUGCAGUCGCAAUACUUCCGUGGCCAUGGUCCUCCUUCUCAUCAGCAAAACAACCAGCUCCAGCAGCCCCCUCUCUCGGCCUCGGUGGGUACUGCCUUCUACGUCACUGGGGUGACCAGCACCAAGGUUCGCACUGAGGGUCGGCCCACAGUUCAGCGGGUGAGUGGAACAGGGAGGGUGCACCAGGACGAUGGGCUGAAGGAUCUAAAGCAAGGACACGUUCGGUCUCUCAGCGAACGACUAAUGCAGCUCUCCCUGGCCACUAGCGGUGUGAAGGCCCACGCUCCCGUCACUAGUGCCCCACUCUCUCCACAGCUGCCCCCGCCAGGGCCACCGGGGGACUAUUACAAGCCGCAGCAUCGCGGCCCACCUCCAGACUACCCCUUCAAAGGAAUUGGCUCUCCUAGCAAGCAGCAGGAGCCUGGAGGCCAUUUUUAUCAGGAGCAGAGAGGCAGGGAGCAAUCAAGGGAGGUGCUCCAAGUCCGAUACCAGCCUCCGCCUGAGUACGGCUCAUUCAGGUCCAGUAAGGAGGGUUCAGUUCAUUUCCAGAGGCCCCAUCAUCAGCACAGUCCCACCUCCUCUGUCACCUCUGUGGGAUCCUUGUCCCGUACCCAGUCCUCCACCCUUACCAGCAUGCUCAGUGCCUCCCACUCAUCCCAUCCGUCCUUCCCUUACCAGCACCCCCAGAGCCAGGGAGAGCCCUUCCCUAGCCCUGGGCCCCGCAGUCCACAGGGUCCGAGCUCCCACCAAGCAGGUGAGCCCUUUACCAUGGGUUCCAUUAAUCAAACACCAAGAAGUCAUGGUUUCCCUCAUGACCCGUACGGCUCCACUCCCAGGAUGUACCAUCAGCAGCCUCAUCAGUGUCAGCAGCCUCAUCAGCAGCCUCAUCAGCAGCCUCAUCAGCAGCCUCAUCAGCAGCCUCAUCAGCAGCCUCAUCAGCAGCAGCAGCAGCCUCAUCAGCAGCAGCAGCAGCAGCAGCAGCAGCUGCAGCAGCAGCAGUUCCAAGGACCUCCACCUCCUCACCUCCAGCUGCCAGUCCAGACCGCACAUUUCCCCCAACCACAAUCCUACUCUCAACUGCAGGGGGAGCCUUUUGCUAUGAUGGUGCGAGCCCACCAGAUGGUGGAUGUGCUUACGGAGGACAACAGAAUGCUGAGGCAGGAGAUGGAGUCCUGCCGUGAGAAAGUCACAAAGUUGCACAAGUUGGAAACGGAGAUCCAGCUGGUGUCAGAGGCAUAUGAAAACCUUGCUAAGUCUUCCUCCAAGAGGGAGGCCCUGGAAAAAACCAUGAGGAACAAGCUGGAGCUGGAGGUCCGGCGGCUGCACGACUUCAACAGGGACCUCCGAGAGCGCAUGGAGACGGCCAAUAAGCAGCUUGCCGCUAAAGAGUGCGAUGGCUCAGAGGACAACCGCAAAACCAUAUCCCAACUGCUUGCACAGAAUAAGGAGACGCUCCGUGAGAAGGAGAAGCUGGAGAUGGAGUUGAACGCAUUGCGCUCCACCACGGACGACCAAAGGAGACACAUCGAGAUCAGAGACCAGGCGCUCAACAACGCACAGGCCAAAGUGGUCAAGCUGGAGGAGGAGCUAAAGAAGAAGCAGGUUUACGUUGAGAAGGUGGAGAGGAUGCAGCAGGCUCUGGCUCAGCUCCAGGCAGCCUGUGAGAAAAGAGAACAACUCGAGCAUCGACUUCGAACGAGACUGGAGCGAGAGCUGGAGUCGCUACGCAUGCAGCAGCGUCAGGGAGCCACUCAAAGCAGUGGAGGAGUAUCAUCAGAGUACAACGCCACAGCGCUGAUGGAGCACCUGAGGGAGAAGGAAGAGCGCAUCCUGGCUCUUGAGGCCGACAUGACCAAAUGGGAACAGAAGUACUUAGAGGAGAGCGUGAUGAGGCAGUUUGCCCUUGAUGCUGCUGCUUCUGUGGCCACUCAGAGGGACACAGCUGCAUCAGUGAUCGGCCAUUCUCCCAGCAGCAGCUAUAACACGUCAGUAGAGGCUCGAAUCCAGAAGGAAGAAGAAGAGAUUCUGAUGGCCAAUCGCCGCUGUUUAGAUAUGGAAAGCAGGAUAAAGAAUCUUCAUGCCCAGAUCAUAGAGAAAGAUGCUAUGAUCAAGGUGCUUCACCAGCGCUCCAAGAAGGAGCCCAUCAAGUCAGAUGCGCAAUCUGCUAUGAGGCCCUCCAAGUCCCUGAUGUCCAUUUCGAACACUGGCUCCGGUGGUUCAGGACUGCUCUCUCACAGCCUCGGCCUCAGUAGCUCGCCGAUCACUGAAGAACGCAAGGACACCAGCUGGAAGGGCAGCCUAGGGGUUUUGCUUGGUUCUGAGUUUCGGACAGAGUCCAUCAGGACUGAGUCAAUCUCUUCAUCCCCUUCACCAGUGCUUCCUUCCACCCCGUUCGCAGGCCAUUCGAAGACAGGCAGCAGGGACAGCUGCACACAGACAGACAAAGGACAAAGUCAGGACAAUAGCAAACCCAGCACGCCCGCCGUGCAGAGCAUGACUCUGCCUGCUCGCCUGUCCAGCCCAAGCCCAGUCUACAUCCCCGACCGCCUGGCAGAUGUGCCAGUGUUUCACAGCAGCAUCCUCGAGAGACGGUUCACCAUUCAGUCGCACCAACAGCAAAUGGCUCUCCCUACAGCACCGCCGAUCCAACAGGAAGUGGACAACGACAUGGUGGAGAUCCUCAUAUGACCCCAUGACAUCUGGAAAAAAUCAUUAUCCAAAAUGAUUGAUUGGUGGACAGGUCCAUCAGACAAACUCAGCAACAUGUUAAUCAUUCCGGCUCUUCCUCCAUCCUGCAGGUUUGACUGCAAUGGGGGCUACAAUGCUACUUGUCAAUUGUCAAGUACCAGAGCACAUCUAGGACACAUGUAAGUGUGUGCACGCGUACAGUUGUGACUCGUUUUGUAGGUUAUGUUAACACUUUCAAGGUACACUUUCCAGCAAGAAUUAGAAAGCAGGACAGUCAGUAAAGCAGUCAGCACUGAUCUAUGAAGACGUUGGGGAUUCUCACAUUACCUGUCUGAAAAGAUGCUUCAGUUAAUGAGCCCCUGCAGCAUAUGAAGGUAGCAGGGCCUGUAUGUUGAUGUACAUUCACUGUAUUUAACUUAUAAUGUAAAAUUGGGGAAAAAAAAUAUAGCACAAGCUCUCAUCACUAAGAGUCAUUUCACUCUCCUAUUUUUAUAUCUUUGUUCAUUCAAACCCUUCCAGCCUGACUGGAUUUACUUUCUUUCAUUGAAACACUGUUUCUUUCAUUGAAACACUGUUAAUGAUCAUAUUAGUAAAACCUAGCAAAGGCAGAAGCGUUACACUCCCUGCCAUCUUAUCUCAGCUUGUGCAGCUUUUCUAAUUGCAUGUGUUAACCCUGUAAGGCCCCCGGUUGUAAUUUUGCAACAUUACUUUAAGCUAUUUAAAUAUUUACAAGUCAGUAAAUGUUUUUUUUUUUUAAAGACUACAUUUAAAGACUACAUUUACAUAGUCAAAAGGUCCUUUUGUUAAGCCUCACAAUGCUAUUGGGUAUUAAAUGUGUUUAUAGGUCUUGCCCUCUGGCCACACACUUCCGAUUCUUCAAACGAGCAACAUCUCUUUGUUUUAUUGGACUGGAUAUUUCAGAUUCAAGUAAGUAAAAUGCCUCAAAUAUUGUUUUCUAUAUUUGGGCUUUACAGGGUUAAUAUGAAGUGGUGCCUGGAACCUAAAGAUGGCAGAGUUCAUUGCCUCAAAUGUAUUUUUUGUAUGCAACUUUAUAAGAUGCAUUUACCGCUUUCUCGUUCAAAGUGAAGGAUUUGACUUUGGGGACUGAUGUUUGGGGGUUAAAUGGUAGUUUAAAAAUAAGUAUUCAGUCUUGAUCUGCUUUUAUAAAAGUUAAGACAGUUAACUUGAAUGAGAAUUAAAUAAAUGAAAAGGAGUGGUUGAAAACCUCCUGUUAAGAUGUAACAAAGAGAGCAUGCACUUACACAAAUGUAUUUUGAACUGUUACAUUUAAGGUGAAGGAUAUCUGUAUUUGUUACUGUUGUAUAACUGGGUGACUAAUGCUUUGUUUGAAUGCACUACUUUUUGAUGUUGCGGUGGGUUUCGACUGCAAAAGUAAUUAGUGGCAUUUCAGCACAUUAUUGAACUUAGAGAAGUUAAGCAUGUGCAUUUGUUUCCUUUACAACAUGCAAGCAAAUGAUUAACGAUGAACAAAACUCGUUUCAACAAGCGUCUCCGCUGUGAGGGGGCUGGGGUCACAGUAUCUGUGAACUCCCAGGGCAGUUGCAGAAGCCAAAUGUAUUGGCCACCUUUUUGUUGCAUUUAUUGCAAUACUUGUUGUUUAAGAGUAUUGCUAUAUUACUAUAAUACAUCUGACAUUACGUAAUGUAUUUAUGUGUUGUUUAUUAUUUCAAACUUUAGUUACUCAUGGAACUUGGAUAAUAACAAUUAAUCUAAACUAUAAACUAUUCUUAACUAUUUACCUUGUGUAUAUAUACAAAUCUUCUAUGCAUUCGCUUUGUGCUGGAAGCCUCUGGCAGCAAAUAUGACUUUUGAUUUAUUUAAUUUUUUCAUUUGAAAAUACACUUUAAUGAACUUCGCAAUUGUAAGAUUGUGUGAUAUUUUAAAAACACUUUAACGAGUCCCCAUGUGCAGAUAGAGCUGCAUCUAAUAGGCUUUGCCUGGCUCUGUUUUUGUCAACCAAUACCAUACUUUCACAUUUUGAAAACUUCCCACUGUAUGGCUGUGUUGCUUCAACCUGUUGCAGGUUGAAACUUUUGCUUUAAACUCGAGCUAAGUACAAAUUCUAUGCCGAAUCAAAUGUGUUUUUGAUACAUGUGGUUGAAAAUCACAUUUCCAGUAUGGUUACCUCAAUUAAAUUGAAGAUUUUCAUUGUAAACCAAAAGUGUUGGACCAAAGAAGCUCAGAAAGGUCAGCUAACCGAUGUGUCCGGCAGUGGCUCAGUCAGUAGGGGCUUAGAUUGUGAGCCGUAGGGUCGCCGGUUCAAGUCCCCGAACAGACCUAAAUAUGGAGUGUGGACUUGUACUUGGAGAGGUCCCAGUUCACCUCCUGGGCCCUGCCGUGGUGCCCUUGAGCAAGACACCAGACAGCCCCCCCAUUGCACCCCAGGCGCUGUACAAUAGCUGCCCACUGCUCCUAGUACUAGGAUGCGUUAAAUGCAGAGAACAACACCGUGUGCUCUGCAUGUGUGAUUAAAGAGGGUUUCGGUUUCAAUUGCAGAGGUCAUUAGAUUUACAUCACUAAAGGACUGUGUUAUAUCAGAGGAACUAAAUAAGUAUUUCAUGUACAUGACUUUUAUUGAUUAGGAUUUAGACAACUACUCAACUUCAUCCAAUAUAAAUGGUGUUAUAUUUAAUCGUAUACAGCAGCGGUUCCCAACCUGAAGGCAUUGCAAGUGGGCCGCCAAAUAAUUUUUAUUUAUUUUGUAUUUUUUGUACAGGCUAAAGACACAAACAUGGACAUAACAAUAACAUAUAGGAGAUGACAUUCUCAUCUCAGACAAAAACAGAAGAAAUAAAGAUACAGUCAGUAGGAUCACUUCAACAUUUCACAAACAAAAAUAGGUUGACAACCAAAUACCACCAGAAACACAACAUGGCAAGCAUAUUGUUCCUUUAAUCCCACUCUUCGUUAGAGCUAACUAUUUCCCAUUUCAUGGCGUGUUGAGCCACCCUUUGAUUUUUUGUGGCAAUAAUUUUUUCCAAAAGAAAUUGUAUUUUUAAUCUACUCUUCAAACACCUUAAAUUAAGAUUACUCCUUGAUUGACUUUUAAAAAUAUGUAUUUAAGCCAGGAGAAUAGUUGCAUUUAUUAACUGUGUGCAGUCUUCAUCUAAAAGCCCAAAUAAAAUAUUAAAGGGUGUAAAUGUAAAUUCAAUAUUUGCCGCCAAAUCAUUUGCAAAACAUUAUGAUUUGUGUGGAAACAUUUUCAUUAUUAAGAUUUUAUUUUAACCUCUUUUCCUUUCUCUUUCUUGAUCCUCCUUAGCAACGGUCAUUACAGUCCUUCUAGUCUGUUCUACUGGAUUUACAACGUGUCCAAUGUUCUGAAUUGACCAAUCAGAACUUUAUUUAGCCUCCGUAUUGUUUAUGGUUGAAUAUGGGCCGCGAAGAUGUUUUUUGAUUCUUAAGUGGGCCCUGAGUUGAAAAAGGUUGGGAACCGCUGCUCUACAGAAUUAUACAAUCCUUGUAUGUUUAAAAUCAUUAGAAAUUGGAGUUUCUUUGCUUUGAUUUUGACACAGAGCAUGCAGCACUAUAUUUAUUUUACUGAAACAAGCUACCAACACAUUUUGGUUCACAGUUGUCCUGUCCAAUACCAUAUAAGUAUGGAUGUGUCCCUAAAAGAAAGUUCCAGGUUAGUAAGAAAUUGUCAAAGCCAGACAUUUAUUUGAAAAGCAAAAUACCAGCAUUUAAUCGUGAUUAAUUCUUGCCAACACAAGCACAUUAUUAUGUGUCUAUGCUGGUUUUGUUAAAUGUAUUCAGUACCUAUUCAUUUUCAUAUGCCUUGGUAGGCUUGAAGACAUUGGACCCUGUAUGUGUAAGUGAUCUUUCAUCUGAACCUGGUGUGUCUCUCGUGGUAGACUGAUUUCAUAGAAGAGUCUCUUUUAACUUGAGGAAGAGCCUUUCACAUAAUAACUUUUAGAGCCAAAGUUUGUUUCUUGAUUGCAUACAUACUUGAUUGCUGAUUGCGGUAUGGAAGUUGAGUCUUAUUUGUUUUUACCAGGUGUUGUCAUCAAAUGUUUUUGUACUAGCACUUCAGUCUUAGUCGAACUUGCGGAAAAAAUAAAUUGACACAGUUCCCAAUGUUUCCCAGCUGGUUCGAUGUGUUUCCUUGAUGGCGUAUAGCUCUUGCCUCCCAGUGCGGAGGACCAGGAUUUGAAUCUGGGCCUGGGACCAUUUGAGUGUCAUCUCCUCUAUCCUCCCCUUUCAACUCGGUCCCUUCAAUAAAGGCACUGGUUGCCCGAAAAAAUCUUUAAGAAAAAGAAAAUCUAUUUACAGGCUGUUCAUACACAUACUGCUUAAUUGUGUUGUUUCUGUACAAUCACAGUUCAUGUAAAAGCAAUGUUUAAAUCUGUUCUUUUACAACAUUUAUCUUAUACCGUGUCUUGUAUUAUGGUAUGAAGUCAUUUAGUUUUUUUCUGUAUACUUUUUCUGACAUCCUUCCUUUUAAAUAUUAUCAUUUUUCCCAAGUAAGUAAAACAUUGCGUCCCUCUAUGACUGGUGCAAUAUCUUCCUCAAAGGCCCUUUAGGUCAAAGCAGUUCACACCUGACGUCCUGUUAGCUAACACAUUGUACAUACAUGUGAACUAGUAGUUCAAUGUAUACAUAUGUAUCCUUGUUCGCUCUAGUACUACAGUACAUGUGUAUUUGUGUGUAAGUGUGUUGGUCUGUUCUUGUAGAGAACCCAGUGGUCGGAGCAAGGCUGAGAUUACCCAUCUUGGAUAAGAACUAUGAACUCCUUGGUUUUCAAUAAUGAACAUGAACGCUGAUGCACGUUCAGCAUGGAAGAUAAACGACAAAAAGUUGUGUUAGUCUGAGCAAUGAUUAUUUGGGAUAUUGAGUGUUUCAAAAUAGCGAGUACAUUGUUCUUCCAAGAUUCAAUUGGUGAAGGUGAGAUUGUGUUGAGGAUUAAAGGAAAGUUCUAUUGUAAAUUCAUCACACGUGUGAAAAGCAUAGAAGGAAUAUGUCUCUGUCAUUUCUCCAUCCGUAACUUCCAAUAAAUAAUGUGUCUGAGAUCAGUCCAAA